AUUUUUCCCCCAACUCACGAUCAGCUCACCCUGCACGUCACUUUCCCCUCUUUGUUUGCCCAACCCACAAUUUUCCAAACCCACUUUUCUUUCUUUCCCAACCCACAGUUCUCUAAAGCAUCAGACUUUGUGUUCCUCUCUGCAACCUAGGAUUUCAUUCUUUCUUCUUCUCAAGGACAAAUUUGACAGUGAUGAUAUAAAUGAUCAACGAGAUCAUGUCUUGAAACAUAUGAGAAAGUUAUGGAACAAUUGGAGAGGAACGAUGCACAAGAAUAUUAAGUCUAAACCAUUCCGUUAUGCUCUAAAAGAUGUGCCAGAGGAGGUAGACAAGAGUGAUUGGGAAUGGCUAGUCAAGGAGCAUUUUCUUACUGAAAAAUUUAAGGAGACAAGUACAAGAAACUCGGUCAAUAGAUCUAAGUUGAGUAUGCCUCAUCGUACGGGUAGUAAGCCAAUUAGGCAGAUCAUUUAUGAAUUGGGAGGUAAAGAUGGUAAUCCACCAGAUGUGGCAACUAUUUUUUUUGAGACUCGUAGAAGAAAAACAAGCUUGUCGAACCUGAAACCAAUGAGAAAUAUGAUAAAAUCAAAGAAUUGGUGCAUACUGAAUCGUCUCUUACAAACAUUGAGGUUGUAGAACGGUGCUUCGGACCUCAACGAAAGAGCCAUGUAGUUGGAUUUGGUGGUGGGAUAACCGCUAAGGAGUUGAAAGGUGGUAACUCCUCUAAAGUUGUAUUGUUGGAAAAGCUGAAUGCUACUAUAAAAGAAAAUGAAUCACUAAAAGGACGUUUGGAUAGGCUAGAGAGUAAAUAUGAUGAGCUAGGGAGUAAGUACGCACAACUUGCAAAAAUAGUGUUUGAUCAGCCUUCAUCACCAUCUUCAAGUGAUCAAUAGAUUGAAUCAUUUAACAG